AUGAAGCAUUCCGAUAAAGAUAGAAUGUUCAAUGCAACGCCUCAGGAGUCUUCUCGGCGCCGCGAGGCGGGUAGAGAUGGCCGGGAGCAUGUCAUUAAUAGGGGGUUGGAAAAGAGAUUCCACGAAUACCUUAAGGAUUUACGCUGGGGGAUGCCGAACACGUCCUAUGACGGGGAAACCGGAACCAGAAGCUCUACGCUAGAUAAAAGUAUGUCUCACAGCAGAAAAGACGAGGAAACGAGGGGUUCCAGGUCCUACGGCAGCAGUGCCACCGAGGAGCAACGCAAACGUAUGAUGCGUCUGCAUGCAACCGUACCGGACUCUACGUUCGCUGAAAGGAGCGCCGCACGCGUAAGCAAGACCCGAUCGCGUCGACAAGCCGCCGAUAGCUACGUCUCACAGCUUUACACCACCACUAUGGACGAGAUGCUCCAUACUGGCGAUUUUUUCCAACAUGCAGAGAGCUCAUCGGAUAACGCCUUCAGCAUCCGCCAUGAUUCGCAGACAUCCACAGAUGAAGGCAGCCCUCUGGUUGUGGACCAUGAAAUGCAUUACGCUGCGGAGCCGGAUGUGACAAGAUCCAAGCAGCGUCGGGAACGCCGUCCUUAUAGGUGGUACCCGGAGUCGGAUCAAGACACAAGCAACAACGCGGAAGUUAAAUCACCAGCUAGGAAUGCCAGGGAGGAUUCACGCCACAGCGACAACGAUUAUAUAUUCGAUGUUGAGUUUAGCUACGAGGAAGCUGAUGACGCCAAACCUAGCUAUGCUCGCACAGAUGGGUUGCCCGAAAAGGAUUAUAGUGAGCUGGUUAUGUCACUCAGAACAAUGGCCGACAGAAUAGAGUCGAUGGCUAGCGCUAGAGACGCAGCCCAACGUGAAAACGAGCAAAUGCGCAGGACCCUCGGCAGUCAGCUGCACCUGAAGAACCAAGAGCUGGCCCAUCUUCGCAACCAGAUAAGGGAACACGAAUCAGAGAAGCGUGAUCUGGAGGCUAGAUUAGAUGCACUUGAGGCAAAACUGCUGCGCGUAAAGAGUACCCGCAGAGCGAGUCUGCCUAAAGACCAAGAGGGUGCCGACGGCGAAGAAACCGACGACUCAGACUACACCGCAACUAUGCCCGCCGCUGUUAUCGAUGCUGAGGAACUUGACCAGAGGAGCCGUGCGUACAUAAAGACGCUGAAAACGUAUCUAUACGCAAGUAUGGGCCUGUCUUCUAACGCUGCUUUUCAAUCGGAGCUCUACCGAGACCUGCGCUCGAUGCAGGACGUGGUGCGUUGUGGCGACCUCGUCGACUUCAUCAACGAGUGCAUACGGAGCGACGCAGAAGUUUUACACAAUCGCUUGAGGCACUCGGCGUUGCGGCACGGUAUCAAUCGCAUAUUCACAGAAGGGCACCUACCGGCCGCCGCCAAUAGGUACCCUUACCCGCAGGAGUUCGAGCGACGCGUGGUUGAAGAAAUUGAGGCAAGCCACCCACCGCGCAGGUUCAGCAUGCACCCUUCCUCGAAAAGCGAUGCCCAACGCGAGAAAAUGGGAGUUGUCAUGAAUCGGGUAGUGUUGCUGAGUGUCCUCAAGCACAGUGAUAUCAGCACGCUCUACAACUACCUCUUCACCGCACUGUACUAUGACAAUUUCAGGAUGGUGAAUAUUCUAAAGGAAGCCGUCGCGCGAAGGUUCCUCGACUUCCAGAUGGCGCCGAAGUACAACACGCGUGUUAGCCACCCGCUGAUGUGGUCCUUCGGCGAUUCGUGCAAUGCCACCCAGGCGUACCGGUACAUGAAGGCGUUGGACCUCAACUUCGCCAAUUUCCCGACAGACCCACACGAUGGCGAUAACCUUUGGCACAGAGUGGCCAAGGGCGACGCUGUGGCUGUGGCGCAGACAUUGAAGCCCUAUGCGAUCCACGCGGAGCACAUCAGCACACCCAAUAAUCACGGCAAGACCCCGCUGGAUGUCGCCAAGGGCAAGGUACGCACCGAACUUCUGGCCUUGGCAGUAGUCCAAAAGGCAGCAAAGGGCUCCGAGAGCUAUCGGGAGAACGACUUCGAAGGGGCGCUGAAGAUGUACACGGAUGCCAUCGAGAUGCAGAUGGAGGUGCUGAGCACCGACGGCGGUGACAAGGUGAUCGCUCACGAUAUAAACCUGGGCAAGCUCUACUACAACAAGGCCCGCAGCCUUAUGCACCUAGACAGGUGGACUGGUACGGUGGAGGCGUGCGAGCUCUGCGUGCAGCACAUUCCGUCAUACACCAACGCCUACGCCACCUGCAUUCAGGCGCACGAAAAACUGCUGGACUGGGGAAAUGCGGCUAAAACGUGCUAUCUGAUGCGCGAGAAUUGCGGCGUGUUCGACGACGAGAAGAUGGUGGCCCUGCAGUCACAGAUCGGGGCAACCAUGUUCCAGGUCCUCGGGCUCAGCAGUACGGCUAGCCCUCGCGAAAUAAAGCAGGCCUUCAACCAGCUCUGCAAGCUAUGGCACCCGGAUAAGAUAGGUCUGGACCCAGCCAAUGUGGACAUCAAGCGUCGUGCGAUGAACCAAUUCAACCGGCUGUACGAGGCCCGGGAAAAACUGCUCGAUGACAGCACUAGAAUGCUGGAGCAAUCGAAGCCGGAAACUCAGUAUAAACAGCCGGAGCCGAUUGUCGACUCUGUGAGCAAGGGAUCGAAGAGCGUUGAUGCCAGUGCUACCAAAAUAGAGCCCCUGGAACAACACCUUUCGAAACUAAAAAGCGAGUCGCAGGACGACACCGCCGUUGACGACCACCUUGUGCAAACGGCUGUAGACCGCAUACAGAAGCAGAUGAACGAAAUGCACGUCAAAGCAUGA